UCGUGGUCCGCCAUCCUUGUGGUUCUUCGCAGAAGGGCACAGAGAGGCCGAGACAAGGUGCCCGGUGGAACCCCAACUCUUCCAACAUGCUUUCCAGGCUCGUCCUCGUCUCCGCCGGUGCUCUGAAGAGCAGUGGCUCUCUUGGAGCCGGUUUGAUCCAGGCAUCCCGCUCCCUUCACACCUCCUCCCAGAGUCUGGCCCCAGUGCCCCCCCUCCCUGAGAAGGGAGGAAAAGUCCGUCAUGGCAUCUUCCCAGAGGAGAUCUUCCAGCUUUUGUAUCCCAAAACUGGAGUAACAGGUCCCUACAUGUUGGGCACUGGCCUCUUGGUCUACCUGCUUUCCAAGGAAAUCUACAUUGUCAACCACGAGACGAUCGCCGCCCUCUCUAUCGGCACAGUCAUCGUCUAUGGCAUCAAGAAGUUUGGACCCAGCGUCGCUGCUUUUGCUGACAAACUGAAUGAGGAAAAAGUGGCAGAAGCUCAGAGUGCCAAGGACACUGCCAUGUCCAGCCUGACUCAGGCCAUUGAGGAUGAGAAGAAGGAGCAGUGGAGAGUCGAGGGACGGUCGAUGCUUUUUGAUGCAAAGAGGAACAACGUGGCCAUGCUGCUGGAGACCAACUACAGGGAAAGAAUGCACAUGGUGACCCACGAGAUCAAGCGGCGCCUGGACUACCAGAUUGCACUGCAGAACCUCCAACGCCAGCUGGCGCAGGAGCACAUGGUCAACUGGGUGGAGAAGAGUGUUGUCAGCAGCAUCACUCCCCAGCAGGAGAAGGAGAGCAUCGCCAAGUGCAUCAUGGACCUGAAGGCGCUGGCCAAGACCACCCAGACCAAAACAGCCUAAAGUCCAGUCUCCACCUUCUACAUUUUUCGUUAUAGAAUAAAAUAUUUCUGUGAAAAGACGGUGUGUACGGUAUUUACACGUCAACCGAAAUAAACGCUUCUCUUGU